AUGAAUGAUGAUGAAAUUGUAAACAAACAUAGGAGUUUUUUUAAUAAUAAAUCUUAUAACCCAAACGAAAAAAAAAAUAAUGUUAAUCAUGGAAAAAUAAAUGGAGAAAAAUUCAACUAUGCUAAUAAAAUAACCAAAGGGGAAUCAUUUGAAGGGAAAAAGAUGAGCGAAUAUAAUUAUAAUUGCCAAAGAAAUAAGACCAUAAUAAAUUCAAAAUAUAGAGACAACCAAAUAAAUGGAAUGGAAAAUGGUGGCCAAAAAUUAUAUAAUAACAACUAUUUGGAAAACUAUUUUACUUGUUAUAAUAAUAAUGACAUUUCCAAGGGUAGUAUAAAUAAUAAUGCUGAAAGUGAAAACCAACAUGUGUUUUCUAACAAAAAUAAUAUGAAUAUAAAAAAACGAUUGGCAAUUUAUCCGUCAUACAAAAACAAUGCAUAUUUUAAUAAUAAAACUGGAUAUGUAAAUAAAAAUGCGUUGCCAAACGUUCAAAGCGUUUCCUUAAAUAAUAAUAGUAAUAAUAAUAACAAUAAUCAUGCAUAUAUGCAACAUAAUUUAAAAAUGAAUGUCAAUUUUAAUUCGGGUCCAAUUCACCCAGAUUAUUUAAUGAGAAAGGAACCCGUAAAUUGGAAUGGCAAUAAUAUGGUAAAUGAUCAUGAUGCAAAUAAAAAUAAAAACAGAAAAAUAGGAGGCAAUAAUUAUGACAGCUUUAGAGAAACAAAUAGUAAUAUUCAUAAUAAUUUCUAUGAUAAUAAUUUGCAACAAAAUAAUAAGAUUUAUAUUCCAAAUCAACCAAAUAGUAUUUCUACUUAUAAAAAUAACUUAAUAAAUGAUAAGGCCAAUUAUAAAUUAAAUGUGAAUAACAGUCUAAACAUUGGGAACAUAAAUAACAGUUAUUUUAUGAACGGAAAUAAUUAUAAUAAUAAUAAUAGUUGUGGCUAUACAAACAGUCAUAAUAAAAAUGGACACUAUACUAAUACAAUAAAUUACAUGGGUAAUAAAAAAAAAAAUCAAAGGGUGCACACACAAAAAAAAAAUAAUAAUUUUUUAAAUAAUCAUACAAGUAUAAAGAAAGAUAUAAAAAACGGUGAUAAUAAUUUGGAAAGCAAGAAAAGUGCAAAUAAAAAUGAAUCAAAAAAUAUUUAUUGCAAAUAUUGCAAUAUAGAAGUUAAUGAGAAAGAGUUAGAAGAACAUAAUAAAUUAGAACAUAUUAAAUGCCCUAUAGAUAAUUGUGGAGAAAUAUAUAAUAUAGAUUUUUUUGAUAUUCAUUUAUUAAGCCAUGAAAAAAAUGAAAAAAAUGAAAAUAUUUUAGAAAGCAAAGAAGAAAUACAAAAAUGGAUAGAAGAACGAAAAAAAAAUUAUCCUACAAAAAAAAAAAUUAUGGACAUAAAAAAUAAUAAUAAUAUAAAUUCUGAAACAAAAGAAAAAAAAAAUAAAGAAAAAAAAAUAACAAGUUUGAUUGAAAAAUUAUUAGUAGAAAAAUAUUCGUCUGCUAUUGGUAGAAAUAUUUAUUAUCAAACUCAGUCACAAAGAAAAUCUAUAUUUGUUCCCAUAUUAAAUAAAUUAAUUGAAAAUAAUCAUAAAAAUGUAUAUGAAAAUACUUAUUAUAGCAUUUCAGAUAAAUACAAUAAAAAAAAUAUAAAAUUUAACAAAAGAGUAAAAAAACACAAUCUAAUUGACUCGUUAAAUGUUCAUAAAAAUGCGCCACUUAUAUAUCAAUUAAUGAAAAAUGAUAUAUAUGUGUAUGAACAAAAAUUAAUGCAGUGUAUUGAAUUUAUAGUAAAUAAUAAUUUUUUUGACAAUAUAUUUGAUGCUAAUCAAGAUAUUGUUGAGUUAUAA